CCAGUUCUAGCUAAAGAUAAUCAGUUGUUUUCUGAAACCUCCAGCGAUCGUAUCAAAUAACAAUAAUAUUAUCUUUACUCAGAAAAAAUGAAGAGCUUCCUGUUUGUUUUGUUCGCUUUUUUGGCUGUUUUCGCUUUUGUUCAAGCCGAUGACUGCAAAAUUGAUGGUCAUGUUGUAAAAGUGGGAGAAACUUACUCUUUGCCCGGCAAGUGUUCAGAAAUUAAAUGUAAUGGACCUGAUUCUUUUACUGCCAAAACUUGCCCUCCGGAACAAAGCUUGAAAACCUGCAAAUUAAUACCUCAAGACAAUACCAAACCUUUUCCUGAAUGUUGUCCCCGUCAUGAAUGUUAAACUUUAAAUUUGUAUUCAGUUAUUUUGUCAAUAUAAACAAAAGAAAAUAAACAUAUAUUUAUACAAAAAA